CAUUGCUUCCCGCACUGGCUGACGGGAGAAUCUUGCGGUGCCGCAGACAUUUUGGAUUUAAAGGGGCUGAGCUAGCCGUCAGUCCGAGCUCUCGGUUCCCCUGAGCUACAAAAACAAUGUCCACAAUGGUGUACCCUCGUGAAGAGAAGCUUGAGAAGCUGUCUCAAGAGGAAAUCAUCUCCAACACGAAGCUGGUGAUCCAGGGCCUGGAGGCGCUUAAGAACGAGCACAACUCCAUCCUCCACAGCCUCCUGGAAACCAUCAAGUGCCUAAAGAAAGAUGAGGAGGCAAACUUGGUGCAUGAGAAGUCCAACCUGCUGCGCAAGUCAGUGGAGAUGAUUGAGCUGGGUCUGGGCGAAGCUCAGGUCAUGAUGGCUUUGUCCAAUCACCUGAAUGCUGUGGAGUCAGAGAAGCAGAAGCUGCGUGCCCAGGUGAGGAGGCUUUGCCAGGAAAACCAGUGGCUUCGGGACGAGCUGGCCAACACCCAGCAGAAGCUGCAGAAGAGUGAGCAGAGUGUUGCCCAGCUGGAGGAAGAGAAGAAACACUUGGAGUUCAUGAACCAGCUCAAGAAAUAUGAUGAAGACAUCUCACCCACACAGGAGGAGAAAGAUAAGGAAACGACAAAAGACUCUCUGGAUGACCUUUUCCCCAAUGAUGAGGAAGAACAUGGACAAGGAAUGCAGCACCAACACAACAGUGCAGCAGUGGCAGCAGCUCAGCAGGGAGGCUAUGAGAUCCCAGCCCGGCUGAGGACUCUGCACAACCUGGUGAUCCAGUACGCUUCUCAGGGCAGGUACGAAGUAGCUGUGCCACUGUGCAAGCAGGCUUUGGAGGACCUAGAGAAGACCUCUGGACAUGACCAUCCUGAUGUGGCUACCAUGCUCAACAUCCUGGCCUUGGUGUACAGGGAUCAGAAUAAGUACAAAGAGGCUGCUCAUCUUCUCAAUGAUGCUUUGUCUAUCCGAGAGAAAACCCUGGGCAAAGACCAUCCAGCUGUGGCCGCCACACUGAACAACCUGGCCGUGUUGUAUGGAAAGAGGGGCAAGUACAAAGAGGCAGAGCCACUGUGCAAGAGGGCCCUGGAGAUCAGAGAGAAGGUCCUUGGGAAAGACCACCCCGACGUGGCCAAACAGCUGAACAACCUGGCUCUGCUGUGUCAGAACCAAGGCAAAUACGAGGAGGUGGAGUACUACUACUGUCGAGCCCUGGAGAUCUAUGAAUGUAGACUGGGCCCUGAUGAUGCAAAUGUGGCCAAAACAAAGAACAAUCUGGCUUCAUGCUUUCUCAAACAAGGGAAGUACAAGGAAGCCGAAAUUCUGUAUAAGGAGAUUCUGACUCGUGCUCAUGAGAAAGAGUUUGGAUCUGUUGAUGCUGAAAACAAGCCCAUCUGGAUGCAUGCGGAGGAGAGAGAGGAGAUGAGCAAGGGCAAACACAGAGACAACACACCCUAUGGAGAGUACGGAGGCUGGUACAAAGCCUGCAAAGUGAACAGCCCGACGGUGAAUACCACCCUGAGGAACUUGGGCGCCCUGUACCGCCGCCAGGGCAAAAUGGAGGCCGCUGAUACGCUGGAGGAGUGUGCUGUUAGGUCACGUAAGCAGGGCAUUGACCCAAUUCACCAGACACGUGUGGUGGAGAUCCUGAAGGAUACAGAGGGAGACAGGCGAAGGAGCCGUGACAGCCUGACCAGCGUUAAGUAUGAAAGCGGCUCUGAGACCGGCGAGGAAGUGAGUAUGGGCGUGGAGUGGAACGGGGCCUAAGCCAUCAAGAUUAUUCCUCCAUCCUUCUCUUCUUCCCCAAACAAAAUCUCAUUCGGAUGUGUGUUGUCGUUCCCCUCUGGUCUCCUCUGUCACAUCAAAUCAACAGCUCCUGCUGGCAGAGGACGUCCUCCCUCUCUGUCCCCUCUUCAAGUGAAAGCUCCCGGGACGUUUGGUCUUCUGGUCUCUGCUCUCCAUUUAGUGCGAUUCUCUCUUUCCUCUCCACUAACUCGACACCAGUUUGUAAAUCUUUUCACCCUCUGUAGUCCGAGGAAGUCACUCGCACAUCGUUUUCCUCGCACAUCGUUUUCAUGCGCACAACUGUAGAUGCAUCUUAGAGUUGCAGGGAAGAAGGUUUCGGAAAGGAUGUGCAGUGGGUUUCAGUGUCAGUUGCUGUGUUUACAUGGACAGCCAAUCUGGGUGGUUGACGGACAAAGCGGCUGUUAUAGUUGAAUAUUUGAGAUUUUGAGGUCUGGGUGCGUGACAGGGACGAAGUGAGGCGACGUAGAAUAUUAAGUUGAGUUAUAGUUGAGUCCAACGGUGAAGCGCAAAUGUGCUGUAGCCCCAUUAAACAACCUAACCUGGUGCAAAAGAGCUUAUAUGAAAGUGGAUUCCUGAGUGUUAAUACAAGUGUGUUACAUUACUUUCACGGCCAUCUAAGUGUAGCAACUGAUCGUGUCUCUUCGUGGCCUUUAACGUUCACUUCCAAACACACAGCAUCUCCACAGCAGGCUUGGAACCCAGUGCCUGUAUUUAGCCGUUUUUAGUCUUUGGUUUUGUCUUAUGUUUCACUUGCGACCUAUGCCUGAGAUCAAAUGCCUCCGUUAUGAUAAGGUACUGUAACGGUUUGUCACUCAUUAAACUGCAAAGAGAGCAUCUAUUGUUGCUUCUUCUGCUUUGUUUUAUAGUUUUGAACAACAUUGAGGUUUUAUAUAUUUUUUUGUAUGAUUUGUUUACAUUUUUUUUACUAUUUUUUUUUUGUGGCUGAAUAUUGAGGCAGUGUUAUUCCAAGUAAGCCAUACAUGUUCGAUGGUCUGGGCGGUUGUUGUUGCCACCGUGAUUCAAGGACCGAAGCGCUCGCGGGUCCUUGACCUGGGCUUUAGAGAGAACACAGCGUGGCCGACUCUUCCAAGGAAACCGAUCAGCACAGCGUGGUUUUAGCAGGUGUAGGAAUAGAAGUGUUUUUACUCGAAGCAAGUAGUGUCGUGUUGGUGUGUGGUACAGUCAAACACAGCGGGGCGCCUCGCUUUUCUUACACACCGUUGUCACUCGUGUGAGUCAUGGUUUUCCCGACAAGAUCAGUAAUGGAAUGUACAGUGGUCUAAUUUUGUCGGCUUCUUACUGUAUUUAAAGUGUACAGCUUCUGCUUACCUGCCUUGAUUCUUCAUUCCUCUCAGCCCUGAUGCAAAGCUCAACAAAAAGAUAAAAAUAAAUGUGUUCAUCACAUACUUAGGACGAAUAAUGUUGUGUUAGUGGAAUGCUUAUUUAUUGACUCGCGACAUAUAUAGUGUUGACUUGAGUUGCCCUCAGGGGAUAUACAUACGUGGUCUAUAAGCACCAUCUUAGUUAGUAGAACUGCAUUAUAUCUACCAUUCUGCAUUGUGACGACGAUUGCAUCAACACUUGUUGGUCUUCUCAAAUAAAGUUUUUCAUUUGUGA